UCACACCUUUAGCCAUGUAUGAUUACUCGACCCCUGAUCUCCUCCUCGGCCACCCGUUGGAUUUGGUCGCUACUCCAACGAUCACCAUCCUCCCACCUCCACCUCCUGACCAAUUCACAACCAAUGCAUUCGAUUCCAUCCGUGAGGCCCUCAUGACUCUCAAAUCUGAUGCAAGUGGAUACAACAACUACAUGUCCCCAUCUUCCCUCCCGAGCUACCUUCAACGGCCCGCUGCAAUUCAACGGAGCGUAAGCAGCCACGCGCUCCGAAAAGAUGUAUUCCAUCCCCCAUUUUCGUCUUGCGAUGAAUCGAUGAGGCGGGUCUUUAGUACUGGUGACUUACAGCUAGUCAACAAUUUCCAACAUAACCGAAGAUCAGAGAGCCCUCUUGGACAUGAGAAUUGUAGCCAUGAAAGUGUAACAAAAGUCGGCCGCUACAGCCCCGAAGAGCGGAGAGAGAGGAUUGAGAGAUACAGGAGCAAGAGAAACCAAAGGAACUUCCAUAAGAAGAUCAAGUAUGCAUGUAGGAAGACCUUGGCCGAUAGCCGACCACGUGUUAGAGGGCGAUUCGCGAGGAAUGAAGAGACAGGGGAGAGUUCUCAGAGCCAGUGGGGUCAGCCCAGUGGGGACGACGACGAAGAGGAUGAUGAAGCUUGGAUCAAUUUCCUUGAUGCUUUCUCCACUAAUCUUAUUCCUUGAGCUAAAAAAAGAAAGCUUAGAAGAAAGGAUCUUAACAAUGCAUUGUAUGCUGUUGUAAGAUCUUAGGUUGUUUGCUGCUUUUUUACCAAAGCAAAAGUGUUGGAUUUAGUAUCUAAGUUUGGAAUUUCAUGAUGAUGUAAAUAGAAGUUAGCCUUGUUGGGUGGGCCACUUACCUAACAGUUGCAAUUAUUCUUUUGGGUUGGAUUUUUUUUUUU